UCACUGCUCAUCGUACGAGUCCGUGCCAUAUGACGCCACUUCCCGGGAAACGAAUUUACAAAUCCUACUAUGGCAAAGGCGCAGACCUUGAAUGUUAAUAUAGUCGUGUUGACGUUGCUUGAAAAUCAUUAUGAGGCGUAGCCUAAAGGAAGCCAGCUAAUAUUCAUGAGCCACGCCGUGACUGGUAUGAUUCGUUCCUUCGCUUACGUCCCUUCCAGCACAUGAAUUAAGCCUACGGACCAAACGUCUUCUAACAUCACUAAUAUUCAUGAGCAAGCCUUCACGGUAGUAUGAUUCGUCAUUUUGCUGGCCGGCAGAGGAGGCGUUGUCCCACAUUAGAACGUCACCUUCAUUUAAUGCUGAAGCCGGCUAUCCUGGAAAAGGACAAAGAUUUCACAAUCUUGUAACACACACUGAAUAGGAGUGAUUAUAGUGAAUAUCAGAGUGUGACUUUUGCUUUGUGCUGCAGUGCUUGUACAUAGGUUGGUAUAAAAUGAUGAAGAACGGGCAUGUUGAUGUGAUUACAAAUGAUGUGAGUAGCGCUCCGGCCGCCGCAGCCUGCAGUCCGGAGAAGAGGAGGCGUACUGUCCGCGUCUGGUGCGACGGAUGCUAUGACAUGGUCCAUUAUGGUCAUUCCAACCAACUUCGACAAGCCAAGGCUAUGGGGGACUAUCUCAUUGUGGGAGUGCAUACUGACGAGGAGAUCUCUAAGCACAAAGGUCCUCCAGUCUUUACUCAAGCUGAGAGAUAUAAGAUGGUGCGAGCAAUCAAGUGGGUGGAUGAAAUCGUGGAAGGAGCUCCAUAUGUUACCACGCUUGAGACUCUGGACAAAUAUUGCUGCGAUUUCUGUGUUCAUGGAGAUGACAUCACUCUUACCGUGGAUGGGAAAGACACAUAUGAAGAAGUGAAGAAGUCGGGUAGGUACAGAGAGUGCAAGAGAACCCAAGGUGUUUCCACUACAGACCUAGUUGGCCGCAUGCUGCUCAUGACCAAAGCUCAUCACAGCAACAUGGGCAGUUCAGACUAUCAACAGUACACAGACAACUUUGGAAGAGGCCCUAAGGGCCACAGUCCCUGGACAGGAGUGUCACAGUUCCUGCAGACAUCCCAAAAAAUCAUCCAGUUUGCAUCAGGGAAGGAACCACAGCCAGGAGACACCAUCAUAUAUGUGGCUGGAGCUUUUGACCUGUUUCACAUUGGCCAUGUGGAUUUCCUGGAUGCAGUGUCCCAGCUUUCAGAGAAGCCAUAUGUUAUUGUGGGCUUGCACUUUGAUCAGGAGGUGAAUCGUUACAAGGGGAAAAACUAUCCCAUCAUGAACAUCCAUGAGAGGACUCUGAGUGUGCUGGCUUGUCGAUAUGUCUCUGAGGUUGUUAUAGGAGCACCAUAUGCUAUCACAAAAGACUUAUUGGAACAUUUCAAGGUUGACCUGGUGUGCCAUGGGAAAACUGAAGUGUUUCCAGACAAAGAUGGAUCAGACCCAUAUGCUGUACCCAGGAAAAUGGGAAUAUUGCAAACAAUGGAUAGUGGAAACAGUCUGACCACUGAUGGCAUUGUGCAGAGGAUCAUCAAAAACAGGCUGCUGUUUGAGGCUAGAAACCAGAAUAAAGAGAUCAAAGAGAUGGCAGUAAUCCAGGCCAUGAAUCGACGAGAAGAAGAGAAGGCUAAAGAGAGAGAACAGGCUGUGCUGUAGGAAAAUACAUCAUCAAAGACUAACAAAACGAGAGGGCCAUUCCCUUCAGAUCUAUUCACUGAGAAGGAGGCUGGUACUUAUGCUGCACUUUGCUGUGUGCAGGAUGUUGCCACUUUGAUGACCAACAUGACCUAUGUGACCUUUACCUCCACAUGUAACUCCAGAGUUACUCCAAACUUUGCUUGGAAACCAACACUCCUGAAGAUCUGAAUCCAUCAGAAGAGCAUUACAGUCUUCUGUCCUAAACUGUGUAUUAAUUAUAAAGAAUUAAUAUGUAUCUGUCAUUAUUAAUGGCUAAUACUAAUAUGAAGUAUUUUCCAUUGUAAGGCACUCCAACAAAGUUUUAUAAAAACAAUUAAAAAAAAAAAAAGAUGAAAAUAAUAGUUAAGAUAUCGUGUUCAUCACACAUGCAUUUUAACUUGGUUUUUAAAAAAAAUGUUAUUGUUUUUGAACUUAACCAUUGUAACUAGUCAAAAGGAUAUAGGAGCAUAUUUUAGGAUGGUUUUGUACACAAAAGUACCAUAAAAGUCCAUAUGUCUUGUACUUUAUUUUCCCAAACUUCUGCAGUCAAGCAAGAGUAUUGAGUGAGAAAACAGCAUGGAAUGUCAGACUUAUUCACUGAUAAUUUCCCCCUCUGCUGCAGUUCUCAAGAUUAAUUUGUGGACGAAUUGAUUUACACUUGCCGUGUAACAAGCGGUCGUGUGACAUGUUGCCCAUUGCAACUCAUGGAAAUGUCAUGGUCACCAGUAACCUUUUUAAAUCUUGGGGUAAUGUAUUUAUUUUUAUUUUUUGGAAAAUAGCACUUCACACUGUCUACAACAAAUUUUUUUAUAAUACUAGCUCUUAGAGUAAAAGUGCUGAUCCAGAGUUAGUUCCUUGUUUUUUAUUUUAUUUAGAUUGAUUUUAGAAGACAAUUUCAGCAUUUUAAACUGGGCCACAUUAUACAUGAGGACAGGCAUACACUCAUUUACAGUCCGCAUAUACAGUAUAUUUUUUUGAUGUUGCGUUUAUACCAGGAACUUGUGCAGCAUGUGCUACCAAUUAUAGCCGCAAGAGGUCCUCUUAUCUGUGGAAAUCUGUGUAAAAGAAACGAAAAUGGACUGAAACCAACUAACUCUGUUUUGAUGUGUUGUGCUAUAUAAUGUGUAUAAUUAUAAGUA